CGGAAGCGGGCAAGGUUUCGGCACAGACCCCGGAAGCGGCGGCAUCUGGGUCUCGCUGCGGCUUCUGACUCCGGCCUCGGGAUGGGUUGCGACGGAGGAACAAUCCCCAAGAGGCACGAGCUGGUCAAGGGACCGAAGAAAGUCGAGAAGGUCGACAAAGAUGCCGAGCUGGUGGCCCAGUGGAACUAUUGUACGCUAAGUCAGGAAAUCCUGAGGCGCCCGAUCGUUGCCUGUGAGCUUGGCAGACUGUAUAACAAAGACGCCGUCAUCGAGUUCCUGUUGGACAAGUCUGCUGAAAAGGCUCUGGGGAAGGCGGCAUCACACAUUCGGAGCAUCAAGAAUGUGACGGAACUCAGGCUGUCUGACAACCCUGCCUGGGAAGGAGAUAAAGGAAACACUAAGGGUGACAAGCAUGACGACCUGCAGCGAGCACGGUUCAUCUGCCCUGUGGUGGGCUUGGAGAUGAACGGCCGACACAGGUUUUGCUUCCUUCGAUGCUGCGGCUGUGUGUUUUCUGAACGCGCCUUGAAAGAGAUAAAAGCUGAAGUUUGCCACACGUGUGGGACUCCCUUCCAGGAGGACGACAUCAUCGUGCUCAAUGGCACCAAAGAGGAUGUGGAGUUGCUGAAGAGGAGGAUGGAAGAGAGGCGGCUUCGGGCCAAGCUGGAGAAGAAAACAAAGAAACCGAAGACAGCCGAGUGUGUGUCAAAGGCAGGUGUCACAGACGACUCGGCAGGGCCAUCGAAGGUGAAGGCUGGCAAGCCUGAAGAUGCGGACCCCGAUCCUAAAGAGAAGAAGAGCACCUUGGCUUCCAGGGCCACAGCAGCUAGCGGAAGUGCUUCUGGGAAAGCUGGGAAGCCCCCGUGCGGGACCCUGAAGAGAUCCAUCGCCGACAGUGAAGAGUCUGAGACCUACAAGUCCAUCUUUACCAGCCACAGCUCCGCCAAGCGCUCCAAGGAGGAGUCUGCCCACUGGGUCACCCACACGUCCUACUGCUUCUGAAGCAGGGUCACCGCCCUCCCCGCAGGGCGCCUCCCCUGUGGCCUUCUGUGCACGCUUGCCUGAUGUGGCCCCAUGCUAUAAAGCUGUCCUCUGCAAUCUUUGACCUGUGUGGUCGCUUGGUGUGAGGUGU